AUGACACUAAGAGACAAGGGAGAGCCUGAUAUUGAACCCGUGCAGUUCCAUAGCGCCAAGGAACUGGACGCUGACUUCGCUUCCAUGCUGGCAGUAUAUCGAGACAAGGAAACAGAGCACAACUGGGAGUCGAGAGACAAGUCGGUUACGCGCCUUCGAGCUAUUUUACGAGGAGACUCGAAUGAAAAGUUCCAUGACAACUUGUUACUCGGGUUUCGACAAAUGGUGGAUGGCAUUAUCAAAGCUGUGGAAAGUUUACGUACAUCGCUUGCAUUGAAUGCUCUUACACUGGUUGGAGAAAUCGGCAUUUAUCUUGGACGAUCCAUCGAUCAUUACAUCUAUGAGCGACUUGCAGAUUGUUUGGUGCGAUGUUCAACAACAACCAAAAAAGUGAUUGCUUCAGCAUCUCUCAAAGCAACGACGACCUUUUUACGACAUGCAACAUAUUAUCACAAGGUCAUGAAUAUGCUCGCUAUUUCGAUGAAUGAAAAGAACAACCAGGCACGCGACUUUACAAUCACCUACGUCAAAACAAUCCUUCAAUCACACGCACAUCGAGAUCAUACACGAGCCAUCAUGGAUCGAUCCGGCAACACGGAGAUCAUGGUCAAGAUACUCACCAAGGGUAUAAAUGAUGCGACACCAUCGGUCAGAGAGAAUUGUCGAGAAGCGUUUUGGAUAUUCUGGGAAUAUUGGAGAGAACGUGGUGAAAAUAUUCUCAAAAAUUUACAGCCGCCAGCAAGGAAAGCAUUGGAAAAGUCAAAAGCAGCAGCUCUUGCAUCAGCAUCAAAGCAACGAGGUCUACGAAGUCCAACGAAUUCGAGCAGCUCUCUAGGAUCACAUCGCAACAUGGGUGAUGCGCAUGACUCUGUAUCGCCAUCUUCAUCCAGUGCAUCCAAUGGAUCUGGUACAUCAAACGAGCAGCAUUCUCAUCAUGACAUACCCCGAACAAUCACUCGUUCAAUAUCACCAAGAGCUUCAUCACCAUCCAUUCGAAGCACGUCACCCCAUUUAAUGCGUUCAACUUAUGGAUCACCACCACCUGUGCCAUCACAACUUCAUGCAUCCUAUAUGGCACCACCCACAUCUCCUCCGCCACCACCCGCCACAAACGCCACUCGAAAGACACGUGUACCCGGCUUAUCUCGGAAAAAGUCGACUAUUGGAUCCGGCGCCAAACGCAAAUUGAGUCUCAUGUCCAUGUUGACCCAUGAUGAUUUAUCAAUGCGAUGUGAUGGAUUACACAUGUUGGCACGCAAAUUGGCUAGUCAUCCUUACAGCACCAUUCAUGAUCUUUCGGGUAUCCAUAUUGACAGUUCUUCGGGUGCAGUCGAUGGUCCAAAGUUGAAGGAGGUUGUUUGGGGGAUGUUUCAAGAAGACAAUGUGCGUUUGUAUGAGACAUUAUCCUCAUGGGAAGGAGUGGCUGGUCUAUUGAUGAAAUUGGUUCCUUUCGACGAGUAUAUACCCAAGCUGAUUUUGGAUGCGUCGGCAGAUGCUGUUUCUCUCAAGACCGAAGAUGACAUUACCAAGUUUGAAUUCGCCAAUCAAGCCUUCAAAAAGGUCAAGAUAUUCUUACGACGACAUGAUCCUGAUCUUGCUGAACGACUCUUUGCCGCAGUGGAUGAAGUUGGGGGCUUAGGUUCAAGUACACCAUCGCUAAGACGGCAAGCAAGCAACAUGAUGAUGAUGAUGGGUGGUAAGAAAGAUCCAAUGCGGCAACCAGCUGUACGUCGCAAACUCACCAGCCGCUAUCUCGAAUGGCUUGAUGAGUUGGUUAUGCCUAUCCUUGGCUUGGAUGUCAACACCAAUGAAGAAUCGGAGGCCGAUUUAGCAGCAGCAGCUGAAUGGAUUGGAGAUGUACCUGACAACGUGGCCUCAACAUGGUUCGAUUCGGAUGCACAUGUACGACAAUGCCUAGCAAAAUUGUUACCCCCUGUCAGCACAUCAGCGCCUGGUUCUAUUGUUCAUACACCCUUGGUUUCACUUGUUGCUCAUUUACGUCUCGUCAACCAAAAGCUAUUUGAGAUUGCCGCUUCAGCGUAUGACACAUCCACAGUCAACAAGAUCAGCCGAGUGCUUGGUAUCCAUAUUCGAGCUAUUCCUGAUUACGUGUGUCAAGCAGCACCGAUUGAUCAUGAACCAGAACAAGUCUCAGAUGUUGAUGAUGAUCUACAAUUGGAAGAACAACAACCUAUUCAAGAUGAAGUGGAAAUGGCAUCUGUUACAUCACAUGAUCCAGUGGCAACUGAUACCAGCCCGGCAACAACACAAGAUACACCCAAUUCGAUACCGCAGCAAUCACCCAUCAAUGAAACGAUCCCAACUUCACCAGUAGUUACCCAGCCAACCAUUUAUAAUGAAACAGCAUCUCGCCAUCACCAUGACAACGACACCCUGGAAUUAGAUUCACAAGUUACUUCUUCACCUCCUCCACCACCUCCUAUUUCUCAUGAGCCUCAUUCUCCAUCCGUGGCACCACCACCACCACCACCACCAUCUCAACCUGUCAUGGAAUCGAUGCCGGAUACCCCAGCAGCCGAAGAGCCCAUUAAAUCACCCAUACCACCUUACCCCACUGAAUCUGUUCCUGAACCAGAGCCAUCACCAGAGCCAAGUAGACCAUCUCCCACUUCAUAUGCCCCUCCUCAUGAUACACCAACAACCUCAGCUUACAAUACUGCCUCCGACAUGACAACCACCACCACCAAUGGAAUGCACAUGGAUGAUCUUACAAUUCCUAUUUCUGCACCAUAUCACAAUGACACACCAGCACAUCCACUCGUUCCAAAUAAUCACAAAGCAGACGAUAUGCCACGUACGGAUGCUCCCAUUAAUGGAAUACUCACUCACCAUCACGAUGAUAUCCAUCGUCAGCAUCAAGGAUUGAAUGGCUUAAUGGCACACAAUUCAUCACUACACCAUGAAGACUUUGAUCAUUCGAGAAAUAUUGAUUUUGCGCCUAAUUCGCUUAAUGAUCGAUCGAGUGUUUCGGGCAGUGAAGCAGGUCUUGUAUCCUUGGAUUCAGCCACAUCACCAACACCACCACUACCACCAUCGAGACAUCAGCAUGCCACACGACCCACCAUCAGCACUGAAACAAGCAACAACAACAACAACAACAAACCCCCUCGUCGUAUUCAAGGCACAAUGACACAUGUUCCAUACUUUGCACCCAAGCAAGUGGAUGAUCCUUUGCCUGUAUUUGCCGAGAAUAAGCGAUCGGAGGCGAAUGUAGCAGCAGCAGGCCGUGGUGGCAAAGAUAAGACAGCGACAUUGUAUGCUAUGGUGGAUAAGCUCAAAUCGGCAUCGGCUGACAAUGGGACCUUCCGUAAGUUGGCGCGCUUGGCACGUGAAGCAUCCAUCAUCCAACCAUGGGAUCAAGGUGGUGCCAAUGAAGCAUACAGUGAGGUGUGGGCAGGUGCUGAUAACAAUGGUGGUAAUUUUGUGGAGCUCAUGCAAGGCAUCUUUAUCUACCUUGGUGAUGGCGGCAAUGAUCAUGGUUGUAGCAAAACAGUAUCGAUGAUUACCGUUUUGGAUCUCAUACGUCAGCUGCUGGUUACUCAAGUGGGAUUAUUCAAGUAUUACGAACGUAAGGUGGAUGCUCAAGGCAUGAGUCUAGAAGCACGAUUGACUGAAAGAUUAUUGGUUGUGCGAGCCAAUGAUGAUCCCUCGGUAUCAACGGGUGCUGAGGAUGCCCUGGAUACAUUAUUGAGCGUAUUGGAGCCACACAAUGCUUUUGACAUGAUGAUCGCCUAUCUCAUACAUCGGUUGAUCCUAGCCCCGUCAUCGGAAGAUCAGAACAAUCAAUCGCGGUAUCACCCCGUGGGGACAGCAUUUACAUAUUUGGGUAAAUGCGUAAGGGAGGUUAGCGACACAUUCUUUGUCGACGAAUGGCUUUCUCAAGGUGGUGCCAUGGUGUUCAUCAGGGGCAUGAACCAUCCCAUGAUUCACGUACGCAAAUCAACUGUAGAGUCUAUUGUCGAAUUUCAAUCAAUAUUGGGCGAUGACAUUUAUCAAUUCUUGGACGAUCUACGAGCAGAUCAGGCAAAUUUAGUCAAACAUUACGUUUCUCGGGCUGUAAAGCAACGCUCAAGCCAUAGCAGUUUCACCCCUCCUAGCCAUCAGCUUUGA